UGCUAGGGGGAAGAGGCGGCGGAGCGGCAUGGCGGGCACGGUGCUCGGUGUGGGGCCCGGGGUGCUGGUGCUGCAGCUGCUCUGGGGUCUGGCGCUGCUGCUCUGCCUGGCGCUCUCCCGCGCCUCUGGCCGGGCCCGGUUGGCCGUGGUGCUGGUGACGCUGGGAGCCGCCAUCCUCAGCGCCGCGCUGCUGCUCUUCCCCCGGGAGGACGAGCGCCCGGCCACAGCCGCCGCCGCCGCCGAGAUCGUGGACACCUUCUUUAUCGGCCGCUUUGUCCUUCUGGCCGUGAUGAGCCUGGUUGUGCUUGGGUGCCUGUUCCUGCUCCUGAUUUACCACCUCAUGGAGCCGGUGCAUGCCAAACAGCUCCACAGCAGCUAGCAGCAGCAAAGAGGAAAUCCUAUUUUCAUGGCAAUAAACCAGGAAGGGAGACCAGGAGACUGUUCUGGAGGUGAACACGUCGAUUUUUCCAAGCUCAGAAAGAGCUGGCAAAGCAAGUGAAGCGUGUUGUUUGCACCCAGCCCUGCAUCUUUCAUCUUUAAAAGCAAAAUUUGGACUGAGCGCAAGUGCCUUCCUCUCCGGGGGGAGUUAAAGCCUCUGCAGACUGCAAAGGUGUUUUAAUCUCUCUUCUCUUCUCUUUUACAGGAGAGUUGAAAUGCAUGCACUUUGUACUACCCUUGAUUCAAUGAGUUGAACUGAGCUGAGAUGGUUUGUUAUUGUUAACCACAAGAGAUGGUUUGUUAUCAUUCCUUUUUCACGUUAGUUUAAUAAAACUCUCUGAGAAACCCCUGGCUCAGCCUUUAUUUAUUCUCCAGGGACAUCACCUUUGGUGACAGUGUCUUGGAAAACCGCCUGACAGACGUGGGGGUUUUUGGAAAUUUGGCAUGUGGUUGUGGAUCGUUGGGGAUGGUCCCUUUGACUGGAAACCUGAGCCUUUAGAGUGGGGAGGGAACAAUGUGCGAAUAAUCCUGAAACGGGCAAAUUAAAAUCAUCAGGUCUCUCCUCCCUGCGCUCAACAAUCCAGUUGGGACCCCAAGUUGCCAUCCUGAGUGGGGAGCACAAAACUUACAGUUUCUGCUACCCUAAAACAUAAAAACAUCACUCACGCUACAGAUCCCUGGCUGAAGCCAGUAGUUGACUCCGAUACCUUUCCUCAUAGGGGUGAAAAAAACACUUUUUAUGUUGUUCAGCAGCAGCAAUGGGGUCAAAUCCCAUUUUUCUCCCUACUUUUUUCACAGAAAUGGGGAGGAACAGCCCUGUGAAGCAAAGCAGGGAGGCUGGGCCAAGCCAUCAGCUGGCAGACAGCUCGGCGUGCAAAUCAAUCUGUUGAUAGCAGCGGCUUGUGCAGGCUGGGUGUCUGUACUUGACUACCGCUAACAACUGCUUUGUGCCAUCUUAGCCAUCCCUCACCAGUGAUGGUUUAUUUUCUCGUGUGAAAAAUCACAAGGCUUUUAACUCGUUUGCAGGAAAAAAGGGGUUUCAGCAACCCGGAGAGUGGCAUGGUCAUUUCGGAGCAGAGAAGGAGCCUUCGUCAUCCAUACCGCGCCAGGAGAGGUUCCCGCAGGUGCCCCGCGGUAGCUGGGUGAGCCCUGUCUUGCCAGCUGUCAGUCACAAAAUAUCGCUAUCAGGACAUGAAAGAUUAAUAAGGCAGAGCUAGUGGGCUUGGAGACAGCACUUCCCCUGCAGAAAAUGCCCCAGCACCCAGGAGCCCUAACUCGGUCAGCGAAAAACGUGACAGCAGUGGACGCGUGUUCAUGGUCUCCUGGCUUGCACAGCUCCCUCGCCGCCAUGCUGCACCAAAGGGGCUCGCGGGAGGGGGAAAAGCAGCGGCCCCUUCUCCGGCGGCAGAGGAACAAGACGAGGGACCAGCAGGCAACCGGCGAGUUUUCAAAGCCCCAUCAAGCAUCUCCGCUCGCUCCCAGGGGUCAGCGUGGAGGGGACUGAAGGCCACCGCCACCUCGAACGUGCAGCUGCUCCUCUCCCCCACCCCCGUGCCGCUCCAUCACCUUGCAGGGAUUUACAGGGAGCUGAUCCAACCAGCCAGCAGGAGCGAGACGUUGGGCAGGCAGCCCUAAGAAACCCGAUGUGAUGCCCGCGUGGAGACGCAGCAGUGACAACAAGGGGUAACAAACGUCUUUCCGGAGCGGCACCGACGCCGUGUUUUGGCAUCGUGGGACCAGAGGCCACCCCGGGGCGGUACG